AUGACGUGGGGCAUUGUUGGAAUCGCAAUGGAGUUAUUGUAUGCAAAGUUUUCAACUGGAAACUGGAAACUGUUCCUCACCUUCGUACGUAAUUACUCCAUUGCAAAUGAUUCUCAUUAGAAUUUCUACGACACAAUUCAAAGAUAUACAGACAUACAGAAUUGAACGACAUCGUGUAAAGUAAAAUCGAUAUUGGCAGCAAUCGUAGCGCAAUACUCUUCUCUCGGUUCUCGCGAUCCCUGACAAAGGAAAUCAACAAAGUGAGGUACCACGGUAAUAUCACAUCAAACGAUCUUCCACGGAAAGGUUUUCUCUCUCUCUCUCUCUUUCUCACUCACUCUCUUUCUCUAUCGUGAAUAUAUCUGCUCUAGUUGUACAAAUCAUUUGCAAGACACGCAGUCUUGGGAAGAACUGUUUGAAAGAACGUAGCAUUAGGAACACCAAGACACUUAACGAAUAAAAUACAAUAGUUGUCGCACACGCGACACCGUACCGACAGAUACACAAUUUCGCCGCAUUAACAAUUCUCGAAAAAAUCACGUCUUUUAUAUAUCGGUUCCUCUUCUAAUGUCUCUUUAUAUUUUAUAGUUACAACAAGACGCACUUCGGAUUUAACGACUUCGACGUUACCUAAUAACGUAGUUCUCGUGUAAACGUGCCCAAAGCUUUUCGCAUACGCGCGCGAAAAACAAAUUCGUAACGGUUGCACUCGCUCGGCCAUUCGCGGCAGUCGUCGCUCGUCCGUCGUCAGCGAAACGUUUCGUAGUCGCGGUAUUUUGACGUUUCGAUUCGAUACGAUGAAUCGUGCAACUAUGUUCAUUCGUUUGUGCAUACGCACAAUCUACGAUUGCCAUUCGAAUGUUUAUCGAAUGCGAUCGACAAUCGUUAAGAUCGAUAAUCGAACGUUUCGAAAGCGACGCAGCGAGAUCUGCGCGAAGGCCAGUUUGCCGGUAAAACUUGUGGUUGGUGAAACUUACGAAACGUUAUUUCGCAUAGCGUCGAAAGCGAAUAAUAAAUUUCGGAUAUCAGACGGUGGUUUCUCGAAAAAUCUUAACCGACGAGUCUGCGUGUUUAAUGUGGAUAUAUCUCGUGAUGGUGGUCGCGCUGUUGUUAUUGUUGUUGCUGUGGUUGUCGUUAUUAUUGUUGAAUAUCUCACGACUGCUCAAGCUGGACAUCGUACCCGAUUCGGACUCCUCGUUCGUCACGUCUGCAGGCCAAGAAUCAAUCACUGACCAACUGUCUCGUGGUUAUAGCAGAGCAGAUAAAGAUGAAACUUCAAACUUACGGAACGUUAUGAAGUUAGCACCAAGAAAAGCAAAUGGCGGAAAGUCACAACGAUUCAAACAGAUUGACUACUACCGUGUGUCAGGUUUCUUUCAAGGAAUCAGCCAAUGGAAGCCUUUCAAGAAGCCUUUACUCUAACAAGAUUUUCUGGGGUGUCUUUCUCAUCUUUAAUACGAUAUAAUUACUACUGACUGUGCAGUAGACAAAGCUUUAGAAAAGUAAAAAAGGAAAAAGAAAACAAUUACCUAACAAAGUCCUCCACCUGCC